AACUAACUGGUUUGGGAAAGAGAUCCCCAUCUCUCCCCAGUCACAGCAGAACAGAGCCCUAUAUAAGGAGGUAGUGAGAGCAAGAGAGGGGGACACCAGGACAUUGGAUAGAGGACAUCAAAAAGGUGAGCAACAAUGUAUUGUAUUUAUUAGACGUUCCGCUAGGUUUGGGCAUAUUUAGAAAAGUAUUCUGGAUUUUCAGUAUCUUUACAUACCCACAGCUACUGCUUUGGUUUGGAUUUCUUUAUAUGUACCCCUGGUUACCGCUUUAGUUUGGGUAUUUUUAUGUACCCCCAUACUGCUUCUUUAGUUUAGGAAUGUUGAUGUAUAGCAAGGCUCUUGUCUAGGUAUUAUUUGUGGCUCUCCUUUAACCCCUUAAGGACCAAACUUCUGGAAUAAAAAGGGAAUCAUGACAUGCCACACAUGUCAUGUGUCCUUAAGGGGUUAAUGUAAUACACGACAUGGAUUAGAAUGAAUUUAACAUGCACUAUAACCUAAGCUGCUGGAGUUGUGGGAUCUGUGGCUACAUUUGGGCAAUCAGUACCAACAUUCCAUAGGAUCUACUUUUAGCACUUUGUCCCAGAUGUUACAGAUUUUUCUUUAUAAAUAGAUGUCUACUUAAAAGUUUAUUUAAAGUGAAUAGUGAAUUAUGUGAAUUGGAAAAAUGAAAAUGAGUUUGGCUAUUCUAGCAUGAUAUUUGCUACUUCUUUUUUUUUUUACUUCCAAUUUGUCUAUUUUGGCCCCAAAUUUUAAAUGGUUUUCAGUUCACUGUAAUUCACUGUUUAGUAAAUAAACCCCAUGCAUGUUUUUUUUGUUUUUUGCAGUAGCAGUUCCUCAUGUGACUGCUUAGACUGGUUUCUUAUGGGUUAAAAGUUCCAGCUACAAGUGGUUGAAACUCAUGUAAUCAUUGGCACAAUACUGAUUAAACUGGAAAUGUUAAUGUCUGGGGAAUUUUUUUUCUAAACACUAAACAUGGCUAUCUGGCAGCUGAAGAACAAAAGAGGUUGAGUUCAAAUUUUCCAUACAUUACAUUUUUAGCUUGUAAUUUUAAGUUUGUAAUGUAUUGAUAUAUAUGUAUAAAACAAUUUGAUUUUUUUUUUUUUUUUUUUAAAGCCUCUAUUUUUUUAUAACUUUUGCAUAUACCCAAUAUUUCAAAUGGAAAACGAGGAAUUCUUUAAUUUUAGGGUGUGAGUGAGGGUGUGACCAGGCGUGGGGCUGUUCUUCAAAUUUUAGGGGGCUUAAUAAUAAUUUAAGCAAUGGAAAGGUAAUUUAGAACAAGAACAAUGUAUCUUAUUUACACAGACGGAUUUCUAAAUAUAUUAAUUGUAGAUUAAAGACGCAUUAAUGCGAGUGUUAUUGCUGUGGAGCAGUUACCUCUGGUAUGUAAGCUCAUUGAGCAGGGCCCUCAACUCCUCUGUUCCUGUGCGUCCAUUGUCUGGUUACAAUUACGUGUCUGUUGGUCCACUCAUUGUACAGUGCUAUGGAAUUUGCUGGUGCUAUAUAAAUAAUAUAAUAAUAAUACGCUUAGACAAAUUAACAUAGACAACAUUCGGAUACAAAAUAUGGACAGAUAGAUUUGAAUCCCAAAUAGGCAAUGUUCCUGCUAAAUAGCUUUUGCCAUUCAGAUUAAAAUGUGGUACAGUUUAGAAUUUAGUCAAUAAUCCAUUCACUAAACUUUAGUUUAUCUGAAUUUCAAAAUAAAUUUAAAGUAAAUUUCAAAUUAUGGGCUUCAAUGGCUUAAUUUAAACACAGUUCACUUGGAGAAUGUUCCAUUCAUUUGAAAGUCACUUUUAAAUCACUUUGAAUUCCUGACAGAUCACGCUUGAGUAAAUAUAUUGGUUGUUUUGUGUAAAUGAAAAAAUCAACAGAGAGAAAAGUAUUCACUUGUUUGCUUUUUUACAUAGUUGUUUUUCUCAAAGAGCCCUGUUUAUACCAAUAACGGCAAACAAGCCGAGCAGGAUUUGGCAUUUACCGUAAACAUUGUAGGAAUCUGGAUGGCCUGACCAAUGGGUGGAGAUUACCUAUAUUUAUAUUAUGUACUGAUUACAUUUCCUGUCCAUACACUAAAAACUAAAUGUGAUUGAUGCAAAUCAACUUGUUUUAGAGCAAAUUGAAUUUCAGAAUAUGAUAUAUGUAUUCAUAUUAAGGGCUAUCUGCAACAUCUAAAUCAGAAUAAGAGUUGUGUUACGUAUGUAUAUGUUGAAAAAAUUUGAAUGAAUGCUAAAUAUAAAAUAGCAGUUUUAAUCUGUGUUUUGGUUACUGCUAUCUUAAUCUGUAUUUCGCAAGUGGGUUCUCACAUCAAUACAACGCACUGUCUAGUCUAGUGAAUAGCCUGCUGUGUCAUUGCAAAGGACACUCUUAACAUCAUAAUCAUUACACCACAUUGUAGUUGUUAUGGUGUAAAAGUUGUCCUCUUUCUUGGCAUCAAACCAUUUAGGAAAAAAAAAAUAAAACAGGUCUCUCUCAGAAAGGAAGUAUGUACAUAUAUGCAAUGAUAGGGUGAGAGCUCUGGGAGUGAGUUGCCCAUCCACAACAAUAUACUCCCAUACUGUAACCCUGAUUUCCAAAAGUAAAGGGGUGAGACAGUGUACUCCAACCCUUGUGACCACAAGAUUUGCUGUGGACUGGACUAUUGAGUUACACCCCACAGCAUCUUGAUUGUAGGUAUCCCCCAGCCCUAAGUAUAUCAUAACCCUCUAUAUUCUUUUAAAAUAAUUAUAUAACUGCAACAUUUAAAAUGGCUGUAUGCUGUGCAAUUAUGCUAAAUCGUUUUGAAUGCAUAACACAGUGUUGGAGCAUUGCUGUAGGAACAGGUUUUUAAACUUUCACUCCUCUCUCAACAAUUUAAUAAACCAUUAGAUAAUCGCUCUUUUGUGCUAACCUUCAUGUUGUGCUUUUUUGCUUUAUAUAACAAAUAUUUUGCAAAUAACAAAAUUCAGUUAAGUCCAGGUACAGCCAAGUCACACAAAGGACGAGGUGAAACUUAAAAUUUCGCCACAAUUAAAUAUGUUCGGUAGCAAAAAGAGCAAAAUUUAUAGUAAAUUUGGACAGGAUUCCAAGAUGAAAGCCCCUAGUUGUAGGAUAAAGAGGUGUAGAACUCCAUUUAACUUUAUUUUUUUUACACAUCACAAAGACACUUAAUAAAUACAGGGAGUAAGUAAGCAUAAUAUUAACAUUUCUGGGAAGCGACUUACCCUUUAAUGCAGUUGGCACAUGUUUUAGGUAUGUAUUCAGGUGUGUGGUUUAUAAAUGAAAGUUUAUAUUACUGAAUUUUAGAGGUUUUUUAUUUAUCGAUUUAAAGAAGAAGCCAGAUUUAUAAAAAAAAAAAAAUAUCACUAGUAUACUGAUCUAAAUGGCUAUCAAUAGGCGGAAGGGUGCCAGGGAACAAAAAUUUACUUCACACCCCUCUAUUAGUUAGCAUGACUGGAUCACAUUGAGUACCUAGCUACCUAUGCAGCAUGUGCUAGUCUCUGCUAUGCAAUGCUAACUUGGAGAGCAUAAGCAGAACGCUAUUCAUGAGUAGAGGAAGGAACAAGAUUUGAGGAGAAGGCCCCACCUCACAGUUAGUGUAUGGGUUAUCAAGUUUUGCCCUUAGGUUUUAAGGUUAGAUAUAGGGCAUGGCAUAGUGAUGGGUUUUAGGAGGUGGUUUACUUCAAUAUAUGCUGGAGAGGUCUUUAUAUUUACCCUUAGACUGAGGCACUUGGUAUUUUUGCUACUUGGUAACGUACCUGAGAGGAAGACACCCAUUGAGAAGUACACAGUCAUAAGGCAUAUUUCAGGGCACUGUUGCACUAGCUUACACUCUUAAGUGAAAAUGAACAUGGGAGAUUCAAGGUGCCAGUAUCAUUGUUUAAAAUAGGAGAGAUGUGCUUGUUACAUUAUAGAUAUCAUGGAGUUAUCAACGUUGAGGGUCAGUUAAAUAUGAAAUAGAGUCUGUAGAGUGGUGGGUUUUAGGAAAUCAGUUAGUGUGCUAUUGAUUUGGAAUUCAGGGAUAUGUAUCUAGGAGAGGGAGGGUGAGAGGUGGAAAGAGAAGGAAAGAGAAGUGGGGUGAUUCAUAAAUGGGUCAAGUUAUUAUGCACGCAAAGCAGCACCUGUUAAUAGACGAAAACCCAGCAGACCCAUAACCUAUAGAACAGGCACAGCCAAAAGUAUAUCCCCAGCUGCUAUAUUUUAAAUGAACAUGUCAUCUUUAAGACUGGCAAAACAUCAUUGGAGGUGUAAUUCAAUAUCAUCUAGAGCAGGGGUUCCCAACCCAGUCCUCAAGUAUCCCCUACCAGUCCAGGAUUUAGGGAUUACCAUGUGUGGCAAAACCAACCUCGCCACUGGGCAUUGGAGAAGCCUGUUUGCCCGCCUCCUGCCUGCUGACUAUGGCCCCUGGGAGAUUUGGCCCUUUAAAUACAAUAUUUGGGCAUAUUGUAUUUUAUUAUGCUGCUGGCCCUUUAAGAACCAUCUGGGGACAUACUGUGACUUUUGGGAACAAUGCCCCUUUAAGACUAUGGCCCCUGGAAGAUAUUGUCUGUUAAAGACUAUUUUAGCAGAUUGGAUUUUAAAAGACUUGCUGCCCCUUUAAAUUGUAUUGGAGCAGUUCCGCAGCUUUAAAUUGGCACUUCGGAUGCAGCCGAAGUAGUCGAAGUGGCCGCCAUUCGACAAACGAACACGUGGCAGCGGCCAUCUUUGUUCAUUCGAACGAAGUCAGCGGUAUGUGUAGCCAAAUUCAUGGAACUGAAAUCGGCUACACAUUUCAACGAACACCGCUGACCCUUACCUUCUCCUAUACUCAGUUUUCAGCUGCAGAGACUAAGCCCCGUUCGGCAGUUUGAACUCACUGCUAUACUAAGCUAAAUGCACUCGAAUGGGACUUAGUCAUUUUUCUGGUCGGUCAUAAAGGACUCCCAGCUAACUUUUUAUCUACUGGAUGGAUUUGUCUGAGUGUUUAUGUUUAAAGUGUGCUGAUUCUGAAUCUGUAAUUUUUAUGAAGAUUGGACAUAUAUAUUUAAAGUUAUAGCACAUGUAUAAAAACUGUAUUUUUCCUGCUUGUGAUAAUUAUGUUAACCCAUUGUGUACCAUAAUUAUAUCACAGGCAGAGGGGAGGAUUUUGUGUAUAAUUGCUGGGAGUGUUUUCUAUAAUGUACAUGUGUUAUUGGUUGUUCUGUAAAACCCUGUGGGCAGUACUAUGUUUGUGGAUUGUGAAUAAAAGAGGCUGUAUGUGCCAGUACAGUCAGUUCUGCUUGACCUCAAAACAAAGUGUCGUCUCGUUAUUGGGGGAAUUGGAUUGUAUGCUGAUUGCCAGGAGUGUAAGCUGAUUGUAUGCUUCUCCAGUUCGGUGGUUGUGGUGUCUGCUGCUGUGCUUGGAGUCCUCAGGAAGCGCUAGGAGCAUCCUUCAACGGAGGUACCCAGUUGGGGUGCCGUCGAUCCGUUACACCCUUUUAUGUCUAACAUGUUUUUUUUCUUCCAAAAACACCUUACACACAACUGGGUAAUCCCUGGUUAAUAUGAUAAAUGAACAAAUGUUUAGCACAAAACUCCGACAAGCUAAGCACAUAUACAACCUGCAUGAUCUGAACUGGACUGGAUUCCUGCAGGAUCCACAUUAGCCCGGCGUGGACUUGGCAAGUAUAAGGGUGCAAGGAGAUUCACUUUUUGUUACAUGAGGGAACCAUUAUCACAAAAAUAACUCCCUUUUACAGUGUAAAGGAGAGAAGAACACCAAAAUGAGCUCUGUUAAAUUGAGAGAUAAUAUUUUCAAAAACUGAGAUUUUACAUUAUCAUAUAUGAGUAGGGAUACCAUAUCCACCUUUCUUCGAGGACACACAUAUUUUAUGUAAAGUAAUGGGAAACAUACAGAAAGUGCUGCCUUGCAGUAUGUAGAAGUCAUAUGCUGCAGGUAGUAAAUCAAUCUGGAAUCUUGCAGCAUAUUCAUUAUCCAUAAUAAAGGGCAAAAUUUUCAUAUGCCGCCAAUCAACAUGAUGAGAUUAUGUGUCCGGGAAAAUGGUGGAUAUGGCAUCCUUAUGUAGGAUGGAAUCUGCAUACCAAUAUAGAGCUCCUGCAAUACCAUUCUGUGAAUCCCAUAACUAAGAUGUCUGUGGGAGAGGAUAGGCACCCCAGAACAAAGAGCUUUAAUAUUAAAGCACGUGAAGGGAUGAAAACAUGGGGUAAUCAGAUUUAAACUACAUUUUAUUUUUUUUGCAGGACAAACAUGGAUUUUUCAAAGCUACCCAAGAUCAUUGAUGAAGAGAGGGAGAGUAUGCUGGGAUAUGUCCACGGCGUAUCGGGUCCAGGUAUACAUACAAGGAUCUCAGAAGAUCAAUUCCUAAAAUGAAGGAAUGCUUGGCAAGAUUAAAUUUCCAAACAAUUGAUGGGGGUGCCAUCUGUUCAAUUAUUGCAGUUACCACUUCCUUGCAUCUGGAGACCGAAUGAUCUGCUUUAUAUUAGUAUGAGUUACACUCCCAAGCAGAACCUGGUGCCAUUUUAAUGACAACAGCUUAAUUUUGUUGCCACCUGGUAUUGUCAAAAAAAAAAAAUGUAUCAUGUGUGCAGCAGUCAUAAAGUGCUCCCUUUAACCCCUUCACUAAUACACGCUACAUUACCCUGUUUGAUCACUAAACAUUUACUGCUACACAACAUAAAACAUUAACCUACAGUACCCUCACUCUAACCCUAACCCUGAUUCUUUUUUUUUGUAACUGCCAUCAAUGGGAUCUGAACACAUUUAUAUACAACUCCACCUAUAUUCUCAUGGUUUUAUUAUGAAGUCUCCAGAACCCCUCCAUGACUGUAGUUUCUCAUAAUCUCAAAUACAUAAUUCUUUUUAUAGGAGUAUGCAGAUUUAUACACAAUCCUACAAAGGGAACUGACUGAAUGUUUGUGUAUAUAAUAUAAAAGUUUAUUAACCUUCCACAUUGAUCCGGUAGAUGACAAAUAAUGCAUUUUUGCAAUGUUGCGAGAUUAUGAACUAGCGUGUAUGUUAAUGAUAAUGCAAGGUAAACUAUGUGUGUGGUUACAUUGCAGUGGUUAUAGCAUCACAGAUGGCAGGAGCAGCGAUGUACGAGCUGGUGCGUGUUGGUCACUCGGAGCUUGUAGGAGAGAUUAUUCGGCUAGAAGGAGAUUUGGCAACUGUCCAAGUCUAUGAAGAAACAUGUAUCCUUUCCAAGCUUGUGGGUUCACAUCACAUCAGUCUGGCCAAAUAGUUCAUAGGUUCCGUAAGCAUUUUAACUUCAGGAGUAAAUCUUAAUGAACAGGAGUCAGGCUAACAAUGCUUCAUAAUAAAUACAGUACGUCUAGAGGAGAAUCUUAACUUUAAAAGAAUACUAAAGGGUCAGAAAUACACGUUUGUUAAAAACUUUAUUUAGCUCGCUGGCCGCCCCUUGUUCUCCUUAAAUAGGAUAAAAAAAAUCACCUUUAUUUCAGCACCGUGCGACUCAGCUGGCACUGGUCCUGCUCCUGAUCCGCCUCCUUGGCUGUCAUCAUCCGAAUUUACGAUCUAAGUCAAUUCAAUGCUAUCCCACAGGAAAAGCAUUGGAUUGGCUGAGAUCAUCAAUUCUGAUGAUCGCAGCCAAGGAGGCAGGGCUGGGGAAGGAGGUGGCAGAACCAAAAGCCAUACUGUCCAAUCAACAUCUCCUCAUAGAGAUGCAUUGAUUGAUUAAUUAAUUGAUUACUGCAUCUCUAUGAGGAACGUUCAGCGCCUCCAUGCACAGCAUUGAGACACUGAACGUCAGUGCUGCAUGUUAUGUAGUCCUGACCCUGGAAGCACCUCUAGAGGCCAUCUGAGUGACUGACUGUGCAAAUGUCCCUGGGCAGCAAUGUAAACACAGCAAAACAAUGCAGGGAGAGGCUCUAGCCACCAGGGCAUUAAACUGUAGUUGUUCUGGUGAUUAUAGUGUCCCUUAAAGACAAGCCCUUUUUAGUAAUUCUCAAACUACAGACUGAAAUGCUGAUUUCCUUUAAAAAUGGCCCUCAUAUACAGGGAGUGCAGAAUUAUUAGGCAAGUUGGAUUUUUGAGGAUUAAUUUUAUUAUUGAACAACAACCAUGUUCUCAAUGAACCUAAAAAACUCAUUAAUAUCAAAGCUGAAUAUUUUUGGAAGUAGUUUUUAGUUUGUUUUUAGUUAUAGCUAUGUUAGGGGGAUAUCUGUGUGUGCAGGUGACUAUUACUGUGCAUAAUUAUUAGGCAACUUAACAAAAACAAAUAUAUACCCAUUUCAAUUAUUUAUUAUUACCAGUGAAACCAAUAUAACAUCUCAACAUUCACAAAUAUACAUUUCUGACAUUCAAAAACAAAACAAAAACAAAUCAGUGACCAAUAUAGCCACCUUUCUUUGCAAGGACACUAAAAAGCCUGCCAUCCAUGGAUUCUGUCAGUGUUUUGAUCUGUUCACCAUCAACAUUGCGUGCAGCAGCAACCACAGUCUCCCAGACACUGUUCAGAGAGGUGUACUGUUUUCCCUCCUUGUAAAUCUCACAUUUGAUGAUGGACCACAGGUUCUCAAUGGGGUUCAGAGCAGGUGAACAAGGAGGCCAUGUCAUUAGAUUUUCUUCUUUUAUACCCUUUCUUGCCAGCCACGCUGUGGAGUACUUGGAUGCGUGUGAUGGAGCAUUGUCCUGCAUGAAAAUCAUGUUUUUCUUGAAGGAUGCAGACUUCUUCCUGUACCACUGUUUGAAGAAGGUGUCUUCCAGGAACUGGCAGUAGGACUGGGAGUUGAGCUUGACUCCAUCCUCAACCCGAAAAGGCCCCACAAGCUCAUCUUUGAUGAUACCAGCCCAAACCAGUACUCCACUCCACCUUGCUGGCGUCUGAGUCGGACUGGAGCUCUCUGCCCUUUACCAAUCCAGCCACGGGCCCAUCCAUCUGGCCCAUCAAGACUCACUCUCAUUUCAUCAGUCCAUAAAACCUUAGGAAAAUCAGUCUUGAGAUAUUUCUUGGCCCAGUCUUGACGUUUCAGCUUGUGUGUCUUGUUCAGUGGUGGUCGUCUUUCAGCCUUUCUUACCUUGGCCAUGUCUCUGAGUAUUGCACACCUUGUGCUUUGGGCACUCCAGUGAUGUUGCAGCUCUGAAAUAUGGCCAAACUGGUGGCAAGUGGCAUCGUGGCAGCUGCACGCUUGACUUUUCUCAGUUCAUGGGCAGUUAUUUUGCGCCUUGGUUUUUCCACACGCUUCUUGCGACCCUGUUGACUAUUUUGAAUGAAACGCUUGAUUGUUCGAUGAUCAUGCUUCAGAAGCUUUGCAAUUUUAAGAGUGCUGCAUCCCUCUGCAAGAUAUCUCACUAUUUUUGACUUUUCUGAGCCUGUCAAGUCCUUCUUUUGACCCAUUUUGCCAAAGGAAAGGAAGUUGCCUAAUAAUUAUGCACACCUGAUAUAGGGUGUUGAUGUCAUUAGACCACACCCCUUCUCAUUACAGAGAUGCACAUCACCUAAUAUGCUUAAUUGGUAGUAGGCUUUCGAGCCUAUACAGCUUGGAGUAAGACAACAUGCAUAAAGAGGAUGAUGUGGUCAAAAUACUCAUUUGCCUAAUAAUUCUGCACUCCCUGUAGAAGCAUGUGUAUUGAUAUCCAAAGAUAAAAUGUGUUUUCAUGAUACAAUACUUUUUGACUACUAUAAAUAGCACAGAAUAGUACCCUCUAAGGAUCAUAAUAUUUUUCUUCAUAGUGUGUAUUCAAUGUUCUUUAUCUGCAUUGAUUAUUAUUUAAGCUGCAUUCUCACAUGUUAAAACUUUCAGUAGACAGUACUAGUGAUAUGGCGAAACGUGACUUCUCCUGCAAACUUUUAUUCAAUAAAGUAUAAACUUUUGGGAAUUCGACUAAAUUAAAAUUGUAAUUUAAAAUUCUAUUUUAUUUUUUUUGUCUAAAAUUUGACGUUCAUUUAAGUGAAUAACCCUACCUGAUGACAAAGAGGUUGAGUAGUAAAUUCCAUGUGUUUUAUGUAGGUUUUAAAGGCAUUUUUUCCAGUGUAAGGGGGACAUUUUAUAUGUACAUUUCCUGAGUUUGGUCCUUUCAGCUGGAGUAUCUGUGGGUGAUCCAGUUUUGAGAACAGGAAAACCCCUCUCCGUGGAACUUGGACCGGGAAUCAUGGGAAACAUCUUUGAUGGAAUCCAGCGACCUCUUAAAGACAUUGCAGACCUCACAAAGAGCAUUUAUAUUCCUCGUGGUAUCAAUAUAAAUGCUUUGUCACGGGAUAUCAAAUGGGAAUUUAUUCCUGAUAAAAAUAUCCGGGUAAGAUUAUAGUGAGAGCAUGCAUAUCACCUGCAGAAAUUACUUCAUAAUACAUAGCAUUGAUCCCAUGUAAUGGUACACCCAUAAAAAUGUAAUAUGUAUUUUCAGACUCUCCAUUUUAAUGUAGGAAAUUUUACUUUUGUAGUUCCAAGCUUUAAGCAAUCGUUUUAUUAAAGCAUAUAAUAAGGCCAAAAAAACUUGUAAAUGGUCACAAGGUUAUCACAACAAAUCGUGUAAUUCUUAGCCUCUAUCCCAUGAUUAAUAUAGUCAUGUAUCAGCUUCCCUCUCAAUCAUCUGAGAGAUGGAAACAUGAUUACUGCCACGAACAGAUGUCAUGGAAAAAACUUUUUUGUGGCAACAUUUUCACCCGGUGAAAGUGAGACAGUUAGAACUUGUUGACUUCAAUGUAAAGGAGCAUGUUUUAUUUUUCCAUACCUACCUGCCCCAUUUCUUUAUUAUAUCAAUUAGUGCUUGUUCUUUCUCUCUCUUUAAAAAUUUUUUUUGUUAUUGAUCUUGUUUUGAUACAGUGUGCAAUCCCAUCCCAGGCUAGGAUGGUGCAACUACUCCAUUUCCCUCCAUGGGUUUAGGGAGUUGUAGCUUGCAGUUGGCUCAACCCCCAAACAGCUAACAGGAUGUUAAUUAAUUUCUAUGCACCUGAUAAAUGUAUUUCUUGCAGGCUGGGAGUCAUGUGACUGGAGGGGAUAUUUAUGGAUUUGUGCAGGAGAAUUCGCUCAUCAAACACAAAAUUAUGCUUCCUCCUCGCAGUUGUGGGACAGUCACCUAUAUUGCACCUCCAGGAAACUAUGACAUUUCGGUAGGUAACCUAAACAUCUUUAAUUGCAAACUCUCAAUCCAGUAAGACUUAAAGGGACACUACAGCUUAAUGUGAUUGUUUUGGUGAAUAUAGUACGUGCCUGUAGGCAUUUUCAUGUGAACACUGCCUUUUCAGAGAAAAUGUAGUGCUUACAUUACUGCCUAGUAACACCUGUAGUGGCAGUCACACAACUCAACUCAGCCACUGGAAGUGCUUCCUGGGGCAGUGCUAAGAGGAGAGGCUGAUUGGCCAGUGUGGCAUUUUGCCACGGGUGCACAUUAACCUCCCAAUGCUUUCCUAUGGGAAGCCAUUGGAUUGGCUGAUAUUGUCAAUUCUGAUCUCAGCCAUGGAGGCUAAGUGGUGGCAGAGCCAGUGCCAGUGAAGCCCCGUGGCGUUGGAAUAAAGGUGAGUUUUUACCCAAUUUAAGGUUCGCAACACUAAAAUUAUUUUUUACUAUAAUAGGGUCAGGAAUACACAUUUGAUCCUAUAGUGUUCCUGUACAUGAAUAAUUUUAUGUCUGUGCUUACCUGCUUAACUGCUUAAGGACACAUGACAUGUGUGACAUGUCAUGAUUCCCUUUUAUUCCAGAAGUUUGGUCCUUAAGGGCUUAAAGGACCACUAUAGGCACCUAGACCACUUCAGCUCAAUAAAGUGGUCUAGGUGCCAGGUCCCCCUAGUUUUAACCCUGCAGCUGAAAACAUAGCAGUUUCAGAGACAGCCACUGGAGGCCACUUCCGCGAUUCUUAGUGUGAAAAUUGCAUUGAACUCACGUUGGACGUCCAUAGGAAAGCUUUGAGUAAUGCUUUCCUAUGGGCGGUUUGAAUACGCGCGGCUCUGUUGGCGCAAUUGCAUUUGGCUCCACUCUAGCCCAGCGGAAGGGGGGCCCCGAGGGAGGGAAGGACCUAAUAACCCUAUAGUGCCAGGAAAACUAUAAAAACCUUUUAUUUUCCUGGCACUAUAGGAUCCCUUUAAGUUCUUAAAAUCUAUCAGGCUUUUAUACAUACUUUAUUUUUUGAUAUUUCCUGAUAUUGUGUGGUAAGCAGCAGCAUCACAAGUUGGGUGUAGGUGGGUGCACACCACACCUGGUGACACAAUCACCUUAGCCAUAAAUGUCUGCCCCACAGACACCUGGAUUGCAGAAUAUCUGCCCAGUUUGCUCUGUGAGUUUCGGCUUGAAGAGCAGACCUAGCAGGGAACGCGGCACACAGCACUCAUCUACAGACAGAAAUUUGGCACUCCAUGUUGCCGCUGAUAUCAAAGAGAUUUGCAGCAUGUCCCUGCUCGUCUAUCAAUGUGUGAGUAGAGAGUCAUGCAUAUGAGUGGGCCAGGAUUUAUUAAAUUUUUUAUGCAUGUCUCUAUGGCUGUGCAUAUCUUGUUGUAUGUGCCUUUCGGUGUCAGUGCAUGACUAUGUGUGUGCCUGUGCCACUAGUUUCUGUGGGUUACACCAUGAUUUACCGCACAGAGUGACACCAACCCUAGUAAAACCACUAGCAAUAAAAAGAAAAAGAAAAAAGGAUGAGGACGACAGGUGAUACAUUUUGUGAAAUUCUACAGUAUAAGUGCAGGAAUCCCAUUCUAAAGCUGAAGAAGGGGAUUUUUAUAUGUGCUGAAUAUUACUUUGUUUUCCUCCUAGUUUCCUUAAUUGUAGACAUGAUGCACAAGCUGUAACCAGUGCAAUCAUAUGAUCCUAUUCCGACUUGUAAAACAUUGUAAUGCAUGUAAAGAACCAGGGAUAUAUUCUUUGAGUGAGAUUCACUAAAAUUAAUAAAACUAUAUACUAUAAGUAUACUCUAUAAAAACUGUGCAUAAUCAAUGUUCCAUGACUGCUGGUAAAUUGAUAUAUAUUGCAGAAACUAAAGUUUCAACACAAGAUUAACAUUUUAGGUUCUGAUAAACACUAAGGUCCUUUAAUCUUCUAAAUACAAGGUAAAUGGCUGUUUAGUUUCUUGGUCCGUGUAUUUCUGCCACUGCUGUUGUAUUUGAGGGUGAGGGAAUGGGGAUGGUGUUUCCAUAGCGCUCUGUAGAGGAAAAAAAAUAGGUGCCUGCACUAAACCUUAGAAGAGCCAUGGCUACAUGAAAAGUGACCAUCCUUAGACGAUAUUAUCCAUAAUGCGAAGAUCUGGAUGCACCCUAGAUGAGCGGAGUCCAACAGAACAUGCCGGCUAUUGCUGAACCAUAGUGCCUAAUAAUAUUUUGCUAUCCUGUCUUUCUCUCCUUAUCCUAGGAUGUUGUGAUGGAAUUAGAUUUUGAAGGUGUGAAGGAGAAGCUCUCAAUGGUUCAGGUUUGGCCUGUUCGACAGAUUCGGCCAACAGCCGAAAAACUUCCUGCCAAUUUCCCACUUCUCACUGGUCAAAGAGUUCUGGACGCCCUUUUCCCGUAAGAACAUUUAAGACUUGUAAUCAUUAUAUAACACUGCAACUGCUAUUGAAAAAAGCGUAUAUUUUGAUUGAACUAUAAAAGUAUACAGUUUUAGAGAGAACCCAGAACACAUACACAAAUACAUAACCUGGUAUUAAAUUGAGAGAAUGAAAAGUUGCAUAAAUCUUCUAUGAAUUUGACAGGUGUGUACAGGGUGGAACCACGGCAAUCCCUGGUGCCUUUGGCUGUGGUAAGACAGUGAUCUCUCAGGCACUCUCGAAAUUCUCCAAUAGUGAUGUUAUAGUGUAUGUCGGUUGUGGGGAGCGUGGAAAUGAGAUGUCUGAAGUCCUAAGAGAUUUUCCGGAGGUAAGAAAACAUUGUAAAGCAUGGGUAGGCAACCUUUGGCACUCUAGAUGUUCUCAAACACAUCUCCCCUUUGCCAGUAUUAUGGGAGAUGUCCACAACAUCUGGCGUGCCAAAGGUUGCUGAUCCCUUUUCUAAGGAAACAAAAUAUGGUGGACAUAUUAUAGCACCAUUAUAAGAGAUUAUAUCCAUAAAUAUUUUUUACACAUUGUGUACAUAAUCAGGCCCAAUAAAGUAUAUUCCCUGUAUAUUCAGAAUUUGAAGAAGACAAUAUCAGAUGAUGUGCAUUCUUCACCAAUAAAAUAAGCCCCACUACAAAGCUUUUAGUGACCCUUACAAUGAAAGGUUAUUAAUCUUUUCACAGAAUCUUUAAUUUGGGAGUUUAUAUUUUCUGAAUUGGCCUCCGCUGAUGCCAAUAGUAAAUGAUCUGCAAUAGUGUGAAAAAUGUGAAAUAUAGUAAAAUAUGAAUAAUAAAAACCUGAAUAAUAAAUGGAUUAUAUAUUGUAUGACCACCUAGCUUACAAUGGAGGUUGAUGGAAAAACUGAGUCAAUUAUGAAAAGAACAACGCUGGUUGCUAAUACAUCCAACAUGCCAGUCGCUGCGAGAGAGGCUUCUAUUUACACAGGUGAGUUUUAUUGAAAUAAAACAAUUUCAAAUUAACACAUUGAUUAGUGUGCAUAGGGCUCAAUGGCCCAGAGCCUGACUUUUUUUAAAAACAAAAAUAGAAAAUGUAAUAAAACGUUUUAUACGUAUUCCACACAUACUUAAUUCCUCCAUGUAUCUACAAUGUUUUAAUACAGGUUGCUGUGCACAAAACUAAAGUCAAAACUUUAAGAGUCAAUACAUAAGCGAAGAAAAUCAUGAGUUUAUUAGGGUAAGGUCAUUGAUAGGGCCGAUAGGGAUAAAUGACCUUACCCUAAUAAACUCCUGAUUUUGUUCGCUUAUGUAUAAUUCCAUUAAUAAGGGGUUAAAUCCCACAUAGGAGUUUACACCUCUAUUUGAAAAAACUUUUGAUUAUUCAAAACUGAAAGAAGUUGUAAAGAAAAAAAAAUAUCUGCUAUAAAAGUCACUUACAUUUCUUGACUGCCAAAAGAUUUUACUAUACUAGCAUUCAAUAUUUCCCUCUAAGUCAUAGCCCUUGGCACUAAAAUUAAGCUGCCUUUAACCCAUACCCCUAAUCACAUGUAACAUUUAACACUUACUGUAUGUUACCUUUAAUCCUGAUUCCUGAACCCUAACCAUAGGUUACUGAAUGUAACAUUGGGGAAUGAUUAUAUCUGUACAUUCUAUUAACCAUAUAUCUGGUAGUCAUUUGGCUGGUACAAAGUAAAAAUUGUGAGCUUAAAACUGGACUUUAUCGUGUUAUUUGUUUCCAUUAGAGCCAGCAUUAUGGAUUUAAAGUAAAGAAGAUCUAACUUGUAAGUGCCAUUCUUUACCAGAAUUUGGUAUUUUAAAAAUCUUUAUUUGUCUUAUUAAGGCAUCACACUUUCUGAAUAUUUUCGCGAUAUGGGUUACAAUGUCAGUAUGAUGGCGGAUUCCACUUCUCGUUGGGCGGAAGCUUUAAGAGAAAUUUCAGGUCGUCUGGCAGAAAUGCCUGCAGGUAAGUUGCUAGAAAAGGUUUCAAUAUCUCAGUGCAAUCAUUCCUCAACUUUGUUAUCAGGAAAUAUAAAUUUGAUAAGUACUCAUUCGAAUACGUUUACAUGUUUUCUAGUAAAAAAAAAAAUCGAUACGGCUUACAGACCUAAAAUUCACACUGUUCUCUUUCAAUUAUCUUCUAAUCUUCUAAGCUCACCACAAAGGUUAGACAUGGUUUUAGAUGUAGUAAACUUACCACGUGAGAAAAUACUUUGCCAGCUAGCAUUAUAAAUAUGUGUACAUUUUUAACCAUAUUGGGAAGUUUUGAUGAUGUGAUAAAAAAAUAGAAAUGGUGGUCAAAAUGGAGUUUCCCUAUUCAUUCAUUUAGUUUCCAUGGUGACUACCUAACUUUUUUAGAAGUGCUCAUCACUUCUCUCAGCAUAACACUUUAAUUUCCUCCAUCAAGUCUCCUGAAAUGCAAAAAAAAGUAUUUGUUUAGCAAUGCUGCAUAAAAAUAUGAAAUUCACCAUAUUCCAGACAGUGGUUAUCCUGCUUACCUUGGAGCUCGGUUGGCCUCCUUCUAUGAACGUGCUGGACGUGUUAGAUGUCUUGGGAGUCCACAGAGAGAAGGCAGUGUCAGCAUCGUUGGGGCGUAAGUUGCGAAUUCUUUAAAAUGUGUCAUGUGGCUUGGAAAAGUGUAAGAGAUUUUCCUAAUUCUAGAGCCUUUCUGCAUCAAUAGGGUCUCACCGCCUGGAGGGGAUUUCUCUGACCCUGUAACCUCAGCCACUCUGGGUAUUGUACAGGUGAGAUUUUGUCUCAUAACAGCAUCUAUAUUUCACAUUAAAUGAGUUAUCCUUAUCCUUAAAAAGAAAGAGUAUUUUAACCCAAAUGCUACUCCCAACUAGUGAAAUAAAUGUUUUAUGUUUUUGCACUUUAUGUUAGUAAGAAGAUAUCCUACAAUUACAAUUAAGUAUCCUUACACAAACGAUGCAACAUUUCUAGAAGUAUAAAUUUGGUUACAUGUGGGUGAAUAUUUGAGAUUUUGAAGACUCAGAUAUUUUCCAAACUGGAAACUAAUUUACAUUUCCUUUAAAUAGGUCUUUUGGGGUCUGGAUAAGAAGCUUGCACAGAGGAAACAUUUCCCGUCCGUCAACUGGCUCAUUAGCUACAGCAAGUACAUGCGAGCUUUGGAUGAUUAUUAUGACCGGAACUUCCAAGAGCUUGUUCCUCUCAGGACAAAAGCCAAAGAGAUCCUUCAGGAGGAAGAAGAUUUGGCAGAAAUUGUCCAGUUGGUUGGAAAGGUGAGUAGAUCUGAACUGGAGACAAUUAAGGAAAUAAUAUGUGAUGGUGAAAACCAAAUAUAUAAGAGUGGAGCUCCAAAAUGCUUAUCUAGAGAAGUUUUUAUCCAAACUCAACCUUAUAUAAGGUUUACCAUCUCAUAAACAUAAAACAGAAUAAGUAUAGUAUAGUGUAGUUUUGUAUACAGACAGAUUUGUGUAAUGUAUAUUUAUAGGAGCUCACUAUAUCCUGUCACUAGAUUUAGGUGUUUUUUGACAAUUACUGCUCAGUGAGAUCUACAAUACUCCUUUCCUUUGUAAAUUAUCAAGCUCUAGUGUAGCAUGGUAAAAAUACAUUUGAAAAAACACAAUCUCAUAUAUGGUAUAAAAACUUUGCUUCUCCUCCGGUAACUGUGUAAGAAGUAACAAAAAACUAGGAUUGAAGCUUGACAUUCAUUUUUCCCACUAUCUUGUUAAUUAUCCCGUGUAGUGCUAGGUGUAUCAAACUUUGAAAGAAGCCACAAUAGGGCUGUUUUUUACUGAUAUGAUUAAUCUGAAAACAGGACAAAAAGGUGCGAAAAAAAUUUCUUCCCAUCUGUUUGUCAUCCAUGUGACUGAUCAGACAUUUGUCUGGAAAUCCAUGUAAAGCUUUUAGAGUCUAAUAGAAGAAAUUACUAUGUAUAAGAUGUUCAUUUGAAUUUAAACUUGAUGUUUAUUGUACUAACCACAUUUCCGCCCAUAGUCAUUCUAAGCUGUCAUUCCCAUGUCUUGUGGGUGGCAAUCCAUUGGACAGUUGACUUUGGUACAGUGCAUCUUCUGCUUUCUUGAUUUACAGGGUUCACUUGCAGAGGCAGACAAGAUUACCUUAGAAGUUGCUAAACUGAUUAAAGAUGACUUCCUCCAGCAGAACGGAUAUUCAGCCUAUGAUCGGUAAGAGCUUAAAUCACUGACCUACUUCACACAAUCAUAUUGUCUCAGAGAAAUAGCCGUGGCGCUUUAGAAGGUAUCUGAAAUAGGCAACAAAUCUUGAAUAUAAAGUGAAAGAGGCGAACAUUCAACACUACCAUAUACAGUGAUAAUGUUUAAUGGGAAUCUGGUGAUGUCAACAAAGGCUGGCACCAAAUGCCAGUAAAUACAGCAAUUUCAUUUAGAUCCAGUAGACUCAGAAGUUUUUUUUAUAUAUGAAAAUAUGAAAACUCUAGGGGCAUUACAUUUGUAUUGCUGAAUAUGGCACUGUAAAUUCAACAGACAUUUCCACGAUAACAUGAAAUGUAAUUUCUUCUCAGAUUCUGUCCUUUUUAUAAAACGGUGGGAAUGCUUCAAAAUAUGAUCGCAUUCUAUGACAUGGCACGACACGCAGUGGAAGCCACGGCUCAGUCAGAAAACAAGAUUACUUGGGCGUUAAUACGCGAAAACAUGGGUGACAUGCUGUACAAACUGAGUUCAAUGAAAUUCAAGGUGAGAAACCAUCUUUAAACAGGAAGGGAACAAAGUCUCCAACUGCUGUAAAAUUACACUUUCUGUUACCCUAAAUCUUGAAUACAGCCGUAGUACUAAUCAAACACUGCCCAAUUUGCGCUCUUUCACAGAAUAUUAUCCAACUUUUCAGAAACUGUGAGUCCUUGAAUUACAGUAAAAAUGUUGACGAUGUACACAGUGCUGAAAAUACAGGUGAUACUCAAAAAAUUAGAAUAUCGUGCAAAAGUUAAUUUUUUUCAGUAAUGCAACGUAACAUUUUGGAAACUAAUAUAUGAGAUAGACGCAUUACAUGCAAAGCAAGAUAGUUCAAGCCGUGAUUUGUCAUAAGUGCGAUGUUUAUGGCUUACAACUCAUGAAAACCCCAAAUCCACAAUCUCAGUAAAUUAGAAUAUUUUUCGAGUAUCACCUGUAGAUAAAUGACUCAUUCAAGAAAUAAGAUACACAACAAGAUAGUCUCCCUGCUCAAGUGAGCUUAUGCUGUAAAGGAAACAGUGAUAUAUUUAUAUACGUUUAAAGGCCAUUUAAUUUGAAGCUAGCAAUUUAUUUAAGAGCUCUGUUUUCAGUAUUUUUCACCGAAAGAACAAAGUCACAGAUUCAGCCGCUGUCCUAUGGUUUACAUAACCAACAACAAAUAUGACUAUUGAUAGAACCCCAUAGGAAAUAAAUUAAACAUGCAAACAUAUCCAUGUAUUGGCUGCACCUUCAUAGAGGAUAUACUUGUAAUAGAAACAUGUUGGCUCUAGUACUUUAUUGCUUGUAUUGAAGUCUUAUAGGCAGCGUGGUAUUAAGAUUGCAAAAUAAACCGCCUACAGAAUGAGGUUAAGGCAUAUCCAUUGUGCUCAUGACAGUUCUGCCAUAUUGGUUCUGAUGGAAUAAAACCAACCAAAUAGGUUUGUUGUAACAGCUAUAUUGAUAUUUAGUUCACAAUGUAAUAUUUUGCACACAUAAACAGGGUAAGUAAAACUGAUAUUUUCACAUAACUGAUUGUUAGAGGUAAACAGUCAAUUCACAAAAUCUUAGGUUUUCUUACCCCUUAAAGAUAACAAAUACGUUUUCUUAUAGAACAAAGCUAAGCCUGGUCUAGACUGUGAUGUAAUUUGCUAAAUCUUUACUAUAAAUUAAGAAAUAGGCAUUCUCAAUUGUGUACAUUUAUAUAAAAUGGUAUAUUCCUUAAGUACAGCUAAGUAUGUUCAUACACAGUCAGAUUGAAGAAAACUAUCCUUGUUACAGCAGAGGUAUGUUAACUGUAUUAUAUCUCCCUCUAGUGGGGUGUUAAAGAUAAUUACUAGAAUGCCAACACAAUCUGAUUGUGUACAGGUACUCCUCACUUACCGACCGGGUUCCGUUCCUAUAACCUGGUUGUAGAAUGAAUUGGUUGGUGAGGAGUUAAGGGAUUCCCUGCUCUGGGGCACUUGUAUAAAUUCAGGGAAAUUUCCCCGAGCAUAGACAAACGCAGCAGAGCAAGGAAUCCCUCUAAUUCCCAUGACGGUGCGCAUGAGAGAGCUGGUCGUAAGUGCGAGCCGUCAUAAAACAGGUAGGUCGCAAAAUGAGGACCACCUGUAUUUGAACUCUAAAAUAGUCUCAGUGAUAGUGUAUUUUGAAUAAAAUACAGAUUACGAAACAGCUCACACACAAAAAUAGUUUUAAAUUUUACAAGGUUACUUAAAGGAUCACUAUAGGGUCAGGAACACAAGCAUAUAUUCCUGAUCCUAUAGUGUUAAAACCACCAUCUAGCCCUCCUUGGUCCCUCAUGCCUUCAUAAAUAUAUCAAAAUAUUACUGUAUUCAAGCCAGAAGCUGUAGAUCUGUAUGCUGUUUGCCUAAAAACAAACAAGCAGUCUGCUGACAUCAUCAGAAGUGGUAGCCUGAUCCAAUCACUGUGCUUCCCCAUAGGAUUGGCUAAGACUGACAAGGAGGCAGAUCAGGGGCAGAGCCAGCAUGAUUCAAACACAGCUCUGGCCAAUCAGCAUCUCCUCAUUGAAUUGAAUCAAUGAAUCUAAAUGAGGAAAGUUCAGUGUCUGCAUGCAGAAGGAGGAGACACUGAAUGUUUGGAUGCAUUUUAGGCAGCCAUGACCCAGGAAGGAUCUCUGACAGCCAUCUAAGGAGUGGCCAGUGACGUUAUCACUAGGCUGUAAUAUAAACACUGCAUUUUCUCUGAAAAGACAGUGUUUACAGCAAAAAGCCUGAUGGUAAUGAUGCUACUCACCAGAACAAAUUCAAUAAGCUGUAGUUGUUCUGGUGACAAUAGUGUCCCUUUAAAAUCACUUUUCUCAGCAAACAAAUAUGGGGAUUCAGUUCCACCAUAUGGCCAUAUUGUGUUAAGUCUAACACUACACCACAGUAGCCCAAUAUCGGUGGUUCCUACACCCAGGGCCGGUGCAAGGAUUUUUGCCGCCCUAGGCAAAAGAAAGAUUUGCCGCCCCCCCGGAACAUCGCAAUGCCCCACCCAUAUGAACUAAUGCCAGUGCUGCACACAGUGUGUGUUUACAUUAAAAAGCCUGCAGGGACAAACUAUAGACACCAGAACAACUUUAUUAAGCUGCAGUGGUUCUGGGGACUAUAGUGUCCAUUUAAUGUGAGGUAAAUUAGAGAUUAGUGUCACUAAUAAUAUACUAGAUUGCCUACUUACAAUCAGAUGAGGAUGGUGAUCUCUGAUCUGGCUGCAGUCUGGCUCCACUGGUCUAGAACAGGAUCUCUGGAGGCUGUUUGCAACUGUGGUCACAAAAUUCAAUGUUCUGGGAGAACGGGAAGCAGCUCCAUUUUUGGGGGCCUCUUACAUAGCUCAAUGUCUGGGCCCCAGGGCCUGACGGUGAGUAUGCCCAUAAAGCCCACCCAUAAGUCCCCCUACAUGUUCCACCCAUGAACUCACAGGGAGUAGAGUGUGUAGGGGAUGUGUUAUGUGUUACUGUAGAGGAUCUAAUGUGUGUGCUUACGGAAUGUAGUGUAUAGGAAUACCAGUUUGUGUAGAUGAUGCAGUGUUGUUUGUGUAAGGGAUAGAAAGCAGUGAGUGUUUGUGUAUAAGGGAUGUAUUGUGUGUUUCUUGUUGUGUGUAAGGGAUGCAUUGUGUGAAUCUGUGUUUUUAUGCAUAAGGGAUGCAAAGUGUGUUUCUGUGUAUGUAAGGGAUGCAGUGUGUGUGUCUGUAAGGGGUGUGUUGAGUGUGUGUAAGAGAUGCAUUGUGUUUCUGUGUGUGUGUGUAAGAGAAACAGUGUGUGUUUGCAGGUGUGUGUAAGGGAUGCAUUGUGUGUGUUCUGUGUAUAUGUGCAAAGGAUGCAUUGUCUUUAUGUGUAAGGGUUGCAUUGUGUGUUUCUCUGUGUGUAAGGGAAGCAUGUUGUGUUUCUGUGUGUAUAGGGAUGCACUGUGUGUGUGUGUGCCCGUGGUGUGAAAGAGCUCCCUGUCCCCCUGUCCUAUAGAGCUCUCCCUUCCAUUCCUUAGAGAUCUCCCCUGCCCCUUAGUGGUCUCUCCUCUCCCCCCCACCUCCCUUAGUGGUCUCCUUUUCUCCCCGACUUUCCAUUAGUGGUCUCUCCUCUCCCCCCACCCUCCCCUAGUGGUCUAUCCUCCACCCCCCUCCCUUAGCGGUCUCUCCACUGCCCCCUCCCUCCUUUAGUGGUCUCUCCCUCCCCUACUUUCUCAUCUCCCACCCCUCGUGUUCUCCUCUUCUUCUCCCCCCGUGUUUUCCUCUUAUUGCCCCCCUCCCUGUGUUCUCCGCUUCUUCUCCCCCCUGUAAUCUUGUCUUCUUCUCCCCUCCCCCCCGUAAUCUUCUCCCCUCCCCCCCUGUAAUCCCUUCUUCUCCCCCGUAAUCUUCUCUUCUUCUCCCCCCAUCAAUCUUCUCCCCAUCAAUCAUCUCCCCCUCCCAUCAAAUCAUCUCCCCCCCCUCCCUCCUAUCAAAUCAUUUCCCCACUCCCAUCAAAUCAUCUCCCCCCCCUCCCUCCCAUUCGUCAUCCCCUCCAUCUCCAGCCCUCCCAUCCGUCAUCCCCCAUCAUCUCCCCCCCUCCCAUCAAAUCAUCUCCCCCACUCCAUCAAUCAUCUCCCCCCCCUCCAUCAAUCAUCAUCUCCCCCCCUCCCUCCCAUCAAAUCAUCUCCCCCCCUCCCUCCCAUCGUCAUCUCCCCCCCCUCCCAUCAAUCGCACCCCCCCUCCCAUCAAUCAUCUCCCCCUCCAUCAAUCCAUCAUCUCCCCCCUCCCUCCCAUCAAAUCAUCUCCCCCCCCAUCAAAUCAUCUCCCCUCCAUCUCCCCCCUCCCAUCUCCCCCAUCAAAUCAUCUCCCCAUCAAUCAUCCCCCCCCUCCCAGCAGCUUCUCCUCACCUCCCCUGCACUUAGCGUGGCCGAGCUCCUAUCCGGUCCGCGACCCGGCGGACUGACAGGAAGUGCACACUUCCUGUCAGUCCCGCCGGGUCGCGGACCGGGUAGGACCUCAGCCACGCUACAGUGCCGGGGAGGUGAGGCAGUGCAGCAGCCGCCUGAGCGCUCUCUAUAGAGCGCUCAGGUGGCUGCAGAAUUUAAAGGGCCGGCGAUGGGGGCGCAGGGCGCCCCCUCCUAUAUGGCGCCCUAGACGGCUGCCUAGUUCGCCUUAUAGGAAGCGCCGGCCCUGCCUACACCAAUGCCAAUGUGGGAGACAAAUUAAAUAGUACUAGUGCUAUUUUGAAUGGAACGAUUGAUGUAAGGUAUUUUAUCUGCAUUGAAAUGCUUAGUAAAAUCGUUUACAGAUCUUGUUAUGUAUAAACCUACCCCAAUCUUUAGGAUGAGAUGUAUGUUGAUAUAUACAUAACAAUAUCUGGAACCAUCAGAUGCUUUUUUUCUUCGUACGUGGAAGAUAAUGUGAGCAUAUGUUAGUGGUAAACAGGAAUAUUAAAAAAGUAUACUGUGUACUGUGAAAAAAAUAUAAUUUAGCAGAGCUUGUAAAUUGAGUGCUGAAAGGUAGUAUUGUGUCUUUUCUAACAAAGGAUCCAGUAAAGGACGGAGAAGCAAAGAUUAAGGCUGAUUAUGCCCAGCUGUAUGAAGAGAUGCAGAAUGGUUUCCGUGGAUUGGAGGAUUGAUCAAGAUAUAGGAGCCACUAACGAAUCUACGUGAAACCCCAAGAGAUGGACAGGGCGUCUUUACUUAGAAAGAGGACUAUUUAUAAAGGGAGACCACUGUUAUGUGUAAAUAAUUAACUUAAGGACAAUAGCUGCACAUUUCACCUGCAAAAUUAUAUAUUAUAAAUAUAUAUAACUUGUACUUGUGAAACUUUAAUAAACAUACCUGCAUAUAUUUUCUUUGGUUCCAUUCACACUAGUGAUCCUUACUUUGGCUGAGAUAAAUGCAUUGGAUGUUUUUGUCUAGUGGCGCAUCAAAAAGAUAUUUCCUUAAUUAUUAGAAAAAUAUAAACAUUUUGAUUGUGUACUUAGGAUCUAAAAUUCCUUUGCAUGUAAAUAUUCGAUCUAUGCCAUCAUGAAAUUUAACCUAUGUCAUCAUUGAAGCAGAUUGUAUAAAAAUGUGUGUUUUAGGGGAGAGUUGGUAACAUUUUGGCAUGGGAGGCUAGUUCAAAUGAAUGGCCUUACAAAUCUGUCUAAAUGGCCCUCCUCACACCAGGUUGGUUGGGCUUUAUACAUGAAGGCCUAAGACAUUAAAAGAGAUAUUUCUGAAAGUGGUAUCGACACUUUUCCAUCUAGUUUUUGACAAUUAUUUGGCUCAAUUUAUUAAAUAUGUCAGAUUGCUUUAAUCUGUUUGCUUUAUUUAGUAUUAUUAUUUAUAAAGCGCAAACAAAUUCCAUAGCACUGUACAAUGGGUGGAGUAACAGACACGUAAUUGUAACCAGACAAGUUGGAUGUACAGUAACAGAGGGGGUUGAGGGCCCUGCUCAAUGAGCUUACAUGUUAGAGGGAGUGGGGUAUAAUGACACAAAAUGUUAAGGGUAUGGUAGAGAAGCAGGUUGCUAGAAUAG